CAGCGCCACUGGCCUCAACAACAGUACAUUUGAAAAGCGUUGUAAGAAAUGAUGUAUAGUAACACUGUUGUAGUCUCAGCAGUGCGAGACGUCCGCACGACUCACUUCUUCAGGGAAGAAAAUCGAGCCCAGUCAUAAAUCAGCAGCAGCAUUGACAUGAAGACAUGGCGAACGACAAGGACCCCUUAAGACCACUAAAGGACCUGGCAGAGCUUAAGGACCAACUUGAGGAUAUCCAGCGGCGUGUGGAGAAUGAAGUACAGGCUGGGAUCCCACAGGGUGGCAGUGUGCUGGCCUCUCCUUUCCUCAAGGGCUUCUUGGCAGGUUAUGUUAUAUCUAAGCUGCGAUCCUCUGCGGUAUUGGGCAUGAUCAUUGGGACUUGCACAGGCAUCUUUGCAGCUCAAAACUUUAGUGUGCCCAACAUUGAGGAAACUCUGAAAGACUAUUUUAGCGCUUUUAAAGGACCCAGCAAAUAACCAUUCUCGUUUUUUGGGGAAAAGAUGGAUUGUUGAAUCAAUAAACCACCCCAGUGCCCACCUGAAGUAGAUCCACUGGACUGGACUAUCUGGUUGCUUGAAUUACACAUUCAGUGAAUUUACAGUCAUCUCUUUGUCAUUUGUGCUAUAGUCCUGAAGGGGCUUUAGCUUAUUUUAUAUUAACAGGAAAGACAACAUUGUUCCUAUGUUAUGCAGUAUCUUAUUUAUAGAAGUGGGUGCUUCAUAGUGAGAGAUUCUAUGCUCACUUUAGAUUUCUGUUUUGUCUUGCUCGUAGGUCAAGUUUGUACCUAGAAUUUCAACCAGACUACAAGCACAUUAUGUUCAUACUGUUUAUCUACAAAUAUUGUAUGUCCCAGCUAGAUACCAGGUUAUUUGGUGAAGUUAUGACCCUUAAGUCUACAUUGACCAUCUCCAGUAGACCUGUGUUCUUUGUGUUUUGGUUGAUAGUUUGGGAUUUGUAUACCAGUACAAUCCCAGGGUGAGUCUGUAGAAUGGUGCAUAGCGACCUCUACAGGGGAACUACAGGACCUGCAGUUUGCAUAUAUGUCUGUCUGCGGUUCCUGUGAAUAAUCCUAAAUCUGAUCCAUCUACCUUGUGAUAGAACUCUGGACAUUGGACCGGACAUUAGUUAUUUUAGUGUCCAAUACUCCUUUCUCAGUACAGAAUUAUUACAUGGAAGAUAUUGAACUGAUUACCAUGCUUGCUUAUUAGGCCAAUUCUUGAGACAUGCACUAUUAGAUCAAUUAUAUUGUUCUCAGAGAAUGCUUUCUAGUCUACUUAGUAACCAGCUGUCACUAGAUUUACAGGUAUUGGAGACCUUAGAGAAAGGAGAAGAUGCUCAGCUCACAAAUGUACUCUAUGUAAGGGUGCCACAGUACAUUAGAAAUACAUAUGAUUCAUGUUAUAUCUGUCAGAAGACACUUUCUUUUCUUCUGUGGUGACUUUUCCUUUUUUGACAUGAUGGUUGGUUUGUUUUGAACAUUUGAAAUGGUCUGAAACUUCAAUAAUGGCUGCCCAAAAUAGAAUAUAGUGGUGGUAUUUAUUUUGAUUUCUGUCAGUUUUAUUUCACUAGCUAGCUAGAAUGUGUUACACGGCUUGCCUGGCUUCAUUUAUUUUAGUUGCAGUCUGCCUUCACACUUUUAAUUUUAAAGUACUUUCACACAAAUAGAAAAUAAACCUAUUAACCCUCUGACUAAAUGCUUCCAGAAGUUGUCCUUGUCCCAAACAGGGGUGUAACAACCCCAGCCCCCACCCCCGCCCAUCACAGAGCUCAUCUUUCUCUAUGUCCCACUCAACCCCCCCUUUUAAAACGAUUGCUUAGACAACUGCCACAUAGUGAACAACCUUGUCCUUUAUUUCCACAGAAUAUACGCUGUGAUGUGCUUUGGGUUCCUGCUAUUGAGAAAAUAACAAUGCUGACUGUUUUGAGUACAGGCUAGGACAGGCUAGGACUGUGUUGAUUAGAAACAGAAGGAUUUGAGUGCAUGCAAACUUAUGAAACCAGUCUAAUCUGUUACCUGUAACACGUCAACCCACUAGUCCAGGAACCCCUAUUAUCUCUAUUAUGCUGGCUUCACUUAAUAUCAAAUUUCUCAUCAACAAAUCAUUCUUGGUAAAUGACAUUAUAAUAACCUGCAACCUACAUUUUAUGUUUCUCACUGAAAUGUGGCUAACAGUGCUACUAUUCUUAACGAGACAGCACCUGAAAAAUGUAAAUAAAAAAAUGAAACACUUGGUAAUUUUAUUUCUUUUGAAUAACUCUGUUUUACAUUAAAGGGUGCCCCCAAACUUUUGUUUUAAACCAUUUAAAGACCUCCACAAUAUUCUGCAAAUUUUAUUGAUGAUUUUGCUGAACUACCACUAUAUCAGUUGAUUAUAACUUGUUUAUUAUUACAGGGGAUUUUAACAUCCACAUAGAUAAUAGUACAGACAAUAAUGGUCAAAUAACCUUUUGCACUACUUGACACUUGUGAUCUCACUCAUCUCUAAAGGUCUCAAUAUUUCCUCUGUCAUGGUUGAAGACUUGGCCUUGUCUGAUAAUUUCUGUACUUUUUUUUAUCACUGAUCACCCCGAAUGUUCCAGUAAACUAAAGUAAAGUCAAUCAGUUAGUCACUCAGUAAGAGACAUUCGCUCUUCUUAGCUGGCUGCAUCUAUAUUGAACAACUAUAGACCUGAACUAAAUCUCUCUUUUAUAGCCAAGAUCAUUGAGAAGGUUUUCUUCAAUUAACUCAGCAAAUUUGUGAACUAAAAUUUCAGUCAGGCUUCCGACCUCACCACUGUACUGAAACAGCUCUGAUAAAAUAACAGUUCUGGUUCUAUUAGA